AUGAGCAAAAAACGGAAGCGUCCCCAGAAAGCUACUGCACCCCAAGAUGACCCGAUCAAGAAACGUCAGAAAACAACUGCUACCUCGGUGACGAUAGAUCAUCCCGUCUUGUCAGCAUACUAUCGUCGGGUAGUCACUUUGAGACAGUAUUUGUUGGAAGAGCUACCAUCAUCCUCCAAGGCACGUCAACGUCGAAUCAAUUCUGCGGGGAAACGGGAUGAGAAUCAACAAUCAGACCCGAAUGCAUCUAUCGCAGCAUCAACCCAGGGCAGUACCGACGGUGGCAAUGAUUUUGGCCGAUUUCUAGAUUCCACUCUUGUGGGACUAUUGCACUCUCCGAGUCCGGCGGAGUUGGAGGCUCGCCAUAGGGAAUAUGCUAUCUUUUCCCAGUCGGAAGAACGAUCUCUUCUUGGUACUGACACAGGACCAUGCAAUCAUCAAUCCGAGAUAGUUGAUUAUGUUAUAUCUCAUCUCUUCAGGCGAAGCACCAAACCUCAGCAUGUGUUGGCCAAUGGUUUCAAUCUUGCGACCCGGCGUCAAAUUGAGGACCAAAGAUUUGGUGCAAUGACGUUCAAUAUCCCCGGAGUCGUGUUGCAGAUACCGAAUCCUCAUGUGAUCGCUUUCAAGACAAGCCCAUGGACCAAUGUGUUGAGUCUCCUGGGUGGUGACGGAGAGGACAUCAUGAGCAAGCUUUUGAUUGACUGCGGGGUGUUCUCUUGUGUUGACGAACAGAAGGGUGUUUACCGUCAAAUCAGUGGUGCCCAUUUAUCUGAGCUAGAGCCAUUGAAAUUGGAGGGCGAAUCGUGUCUAGGUCAAGGACCUAGAACCGGUCAGGUCAAAACUAUUCCCAAGGUGCCCAACAAGCCAGCAGGCGUACUUCACCAGCCAAACAGUAUCGUCUUCGUCCGCCGUCGAAUGCUUUAUGCUCGUCCCGCAAUCAAUUCAAAGGGAGGCGUAAGGUUUGGGCUUCGACAUAUUCAUGUUUUGAAUCGGUUUCCGAACUCGAGCAAUCUUGCGGAAACGGUCCAUGUGAUGAAGUACAUAUUUCCCCGUCAGUUUGGGCUACACAAUGUGUUCACAUCUGUAGUCGACUCUCGAGAGACAGUACAACCAUUUAAAGACUAUACCCUGAGAGAAGAAGAAAUUGCGCGUUCGAAAGUUGCACAAAGAUCUCGAUUCCAAUCAGUGAGACCCAAGAUACCAAAACGACUUCGAGGAAGUCCGCUACAAUUGGUACAAAGAUUGCAGAAACGAAGCCAGACAUGUUCUUACACCGAGUUACUGAGACACUAUUGCCCAGAGUCUGAAACUGGGCCAGCUAAACUUGGCUCCGCGCCAUCCUCAACACCGGAGAAUAAUUCACAACAGUUUGUGACCCAGAUCAUCCCAAGUCGUCCACCACCAAGCCCACCAAAAGGAGCAGAGUGCAAAUUGUCAGGAGCGACAGGCCCCGCUACUGAACGAAAUGACAACAUCUCGCGGAAAGUUUGUCUUCUAGACUACGCCACACCGACUUCAUCUGUCUCUGCGUUUUGUCGCGCGACGCUACGAAAACUGAUCCCACGGGAGUUCUUUGGCGAAGGUGAAGACGGGAUAUCGAACCAGCAGGCAUUCAUGCAUCAAGUUGAUCGAUUCAUUCGGAUAAGUCGAUUUGAAAGUCUUUCACUCCAUGAGGUUUGCAACAAUUUCAAGAUUUCCUCUUUGCGGUGGCUAGAACCACCAUCGGUUACGUUGUCCAACGGCCAGCAUAUUGCUCUAUCCGAUUUUCGUAAACGAACUGAAAUCCUACACGAAUUUGUUUAUUACGUUUUUGACUCACUACUCAUACCUUUGAUUCGCACCAACUUCUACGUGACAGAAUCUCAGGUCCACAAGAAUAGACUGUUCUAUUUCCGGCAUGAUGUAUGGCGAAGCUUGAUUGAAAAGCCCUUGGCUGACAUAAAAUAUUCCAUGUUCGAGGAGAUUAAACGCGACAAAGUCAGCCGGGUACUGCAAUCUAAGCAAUUAUCAUGGAGCGCUGUACGGUUGCUACCGAAAGCCACUGGAGCUCGUCCGAUCAUCAACCUUCGACGACGAGUUGCAAAGCAUAUUGGCAACCGUUCGUAUCUCGGCCCCAGCACCAACUCCAUCAUGACACCGGUUUUUAAUAUGCUUCACUACGAAAAGGAUCGCAUGCCUGAAUUACUUGGUUCGUCCAUGUUCUCAGUCAGUGACAUGUAUCCACGUUUGAAGACAUUCAAGGAUCGACUGAUACAUUCUGAGAGCGAGAGCUAUCGAAACGGGAAGCUUUAUUUCGUCAAGCUGGACAUCCAAUCGUGCUUCGACACAAUCCCGCAGGAGCGUCUUGUACCGCUUAUUGAGAGUCUUGUCUCUCAGGAGAUGUAUCAUAUCUCAAAGCAUGUAGAGAUCAGACCAGGAGAUAGUAUCAACAACAGCAAGGGUUCGUCACAUAAGUUCGGAACAGCUCAAAAGCCGAUGGCCAAACCGAUCCGCAAAUUUCUCAGUAAGGCCAAACCACUGAGCGAGAUACGGAACAUUCCUGCGAGAUCUACAGAUAGGGUCAAAGCUUUACGCAGAAACACGAUCCAGGUAGAUACAGCAACCUCCAAGAAUCACAGUGGAAAUGCGCUACUCGAUCUUCUGAGCGAACAUGUCCGCAAGAAUCUUGUCAAGAUCGGCAAGAAAUACUUCUAUCAAAAGAAUGGAAUACCCCAAGGUUCUGUCUUGUCUAGCUUGCUCUGCAACUUUUUUUAUGGACAGCUUGAGCGGCAAGUGCUGGAUUUUCUCCAAGACGACGAAACACUUCUAUUACGACUUAUAGACGACUUCCUGCUGAUAACGACUCGACCGGAGCUCGCCAAAAAAUUUCUAGGAGUCAUGUUGAGCGGUCAGCCGGAAUAUGGCAUCACAGUCAAUGCUAGCAAGAGCCUCGUCAAUUUCGAAGCUACCAUAAAUGGGACGAAGAUGCCUCGCUUGGAGGGUACUAGUUUUCCGUACUGUGGCAACCUCAUCGACACGCAUACAUUGAAUAUACAGAAAGACCGAGACUAUAGUUGCGGUGGGCAGGUUAAUGUCGCAGAUACGCUUACAGUGGAAUCCAGUCGACUUCCCGGCCAGGCUUUCCAUCGCAAGGUUCUAUCCUCAUUUCGGCUUCAGACUCAUAACAUGUUUUUGGACACUAGACACAACAGUCUGCGAAGUGUUUUGGUGGGCAUAUAUUCGAACUUUGUGGAGACGGCCAUCAAGAUGUAUCGAUAUAUCAAGACAUUGCCACCACGUCAACGCCCUUCACAAGAGCUCGUUCUCCAAACUAUCCGAGACCUGAUUCAGUUUGCAAACAAACUUAUUCAGUCCAAGCGUUUGAAAACCAAUUCAGAGUCCGCUGCUGAAGUUACUAGCGCCAGUGAAGAAACGCUUCAGACUUCUACACUCAAGUUUCAAUGCGCGGUCUCACCCAGUCAGAUAGAUUACCUAGGCGCAGCGGCUUUUCGGCAUGUCCUGACUCGAAAACAGACAAGCUAUGGAUCUACCAUACAAGGACUCCAGCAAAUCAUAACGCGUACUAAACCGCGAACAGAUAAAGAACUUAUUCGUAUGCGAUGGAUCACGGGAGAAGCGAACAAAAUGUUUGAUAAUUGGAGAUAUUGA